GGUACUAAAAUGAAAAAUACUUCUCAAAUUGAGGAUAAUCAUAACUCUGGAUCUAUUAUUCGAAAUUCAAGAGAUAAUUUUGUAAGUGAGUUUGAAAUACUUCCUACUGAAGUAAAUAUUUGUAACCAUUCAACCGUAGAAAAAGACUCAUUUUCAGAUACUCCUACUAUUCAAGGAAUCAAAAUUAAAAAAAGUUUUAAUCCAAACGAUAAAAACGAAGUUGAAGAUAAUAUUGAAAUUAAAAUUUGUAAAGGAAUGGAAAGAAUACAAAAACUUGAUAAAUUAUUGUCAGAAAAAGUUGCUUAUGAAAAAGAAGUAAAGCGCGACCGAAAGUGUUUUGAAAAAGAGAUGCAACAUAAAAUUAAACUCCUAGAAGAAAAAAAAAAUUCUGUUUCAAACGAGUUCAUUAAAACUUGUCAUGAAAGUAAUUCAGUUGGAUCGCAAUUCAGCAAUACUAAUGAAACGCCGAUUUUUUCAACACAAAUCGGAGAAAAGCAUUAUGAAUUAUCAGAUCAAGUUUUUCAUAAAACAGUUGAACAGAUUAAGAAUGAUGAAUUUAAUACAGAACCAAAUAAAUUUUGUAAAAAUUUUGUUAAAAGAAAUAUGCAAUUAGCGAGUCGAGCAAAAUACGAUAUUGCGUUAACUGAAGAGGAGGAAAAGCGCUUGUUUGAGAUUCUUAAUGAUGAACAUGAUAUUUUAUUAGAUGAAAAUCCAUUCUCAAUAUUAACACAAUCUUGUAUUAGCCAUGAAGAACAUAGUGAAAAUGACAGGAAAAAAAUCGAGAACAUAGACGAGAAAUUAAAAGAUUUUUUAUCCAAUGAAGAAUAUGUUUUAUUAAAUGAGGAGCUACCUUUCUUCCAUUUUCUUCCAAAUGAUGUUGGUGGAUGUGGUGAACAAGUUCUUCAAGAAAAACAUGAUGAGAGAACUUUAAAAAACAAAAUCAAAGAAAUCGAUGAUAAGCUUUUAGAUUUGAAAAAUGAUGACAAACCUUUAAUAGACCCUGAUCUUUUAAGGAGAUUGUUGGAUAAUAAUUUACGAUUGACUUCUGCAUGCACAACUAUUUGUGAAAGUGUUUGUUCUGCUGACAAUUUUGAACUUGAAAAGUUAUGAACAAUGUUACAAACUCAAAAUAACUAAAAUAAAGUUUGGGAUCUAUUAGUUAUUUAUUUAUCAGUAUAAAAUCUUUAAGGAUAAAUAAAUUUAUGUUGUUUUUUAGGUAAGCAUAUAUUAAGAUAAUUGUAUAUGUAUAUAUACAUACAUACACACGCACACACACACACACACACACACACACACACACACACACACACACACACACACACAUAUAUAUAUCGAAUAUAGCAUUAACUAAGUGUUGAAAUUGGAUUUAAACGACCUUUGAACUAGUUGUAAAUAUAUUUGUAAAGAUAUUUUUUAAUUUCUAUAAAAAUUCAUCUAAUAA